GUGCAACGGUCGGAUAUUGGAAACUGGAAGUUAACCACUGACCUAUCGAAAGUGUUUUUGAAGCUGUGCCUGUUGUUCCUUUUCAAGGGGUUUUAUGGCCUUAAUUUCGUUGCGGCGAUUAACAAAUCGGCCGGUUGGUGGUUUCUCUGAGAAGGAAUCCUUGCUUAGUUACAAGUAAACAGAGAUCCGAUAUGUGAAAUUGAUGAUAGCCCCGAUCACUUCUUCUAUCGAGCGAGCGAGAGAGAGUGCAAGGAUGCGGUUUGUGCCCAUCCGCCUCUCUCCCUCAAACUCCGCCGCCAUCAUUGCAUCUAAUUCCCGCAUCGCUCGUCUUAGCCGCCAAGGCCAGAUAGAUGCCGCACGCAAAGUUUUCGAUGAAAUGCCAGAGCGGACUAUUGUCUCGUGGAACUCUCUCAUCUCCGCUUACUUCAUAAAAUGGCAGCCUCAAAAUGCCCGCAAUCUUUUUGAGCGGAUGCCUAAGCGAAAUACCGCAUCCUACAACGCCAUGAUCUCUGGCUACAUCAAGUUAGGCCAUUUUGCUGAUGCCUAUGCAGUCUUCAACUCCAUGCCUGACCGAAACGUCGUCUCCUGGACCUCCAUGCUCCGCGGGUACAUCCAGGCUGGCGCUAUUAAUGAGGCCGAAGCCCUCUUCUGCCGCAUGCCUGAGAAGAAUGUCAUCUCAUGGACUGUCAUGCUUGGCGGGCUUAUUAAAGAUGGUCGCAUUGACGAUGCCUGUCAACUAUUCGCUCAGAUGCCUGAGAAGGAUGUGGUUGCCAGGACCAGCAUGGUUUCAGGAUUUUGUCAGGUAGGCAGAACUACCGAGGCUAGAGAAAUCUUUGAUAAUAUGCCUCGUCGGAAUGUGAUAGCCUGGACUGCGAUGAUCUCUGGGUAUGCCCAUAAUCUACAACUUGAACUCGCAAGGAAGCUUUUUGAAGUGAUGCCGGUGAAGAAUGAGGUGACAUGGACUGCCAUGCUUACUGGGUACACCCAAGCAGGGCAGAUUGAGGAGGCCAUUGAUUUAUUCUAUCGGAUGGAAGAAAAGCCUGUGAUUGCUUGCAAUGCCAUGAUUAUUGGACUCGGGCAAUGUGGAAUGGUAACUGAAGCAAGAGAUGUUUUUGAUCAAAUUUUAGAAAAAGAUGAUGGGACAUGGAGCUCAAUGGUGAAAGUAUACGAGCAAAAUGCUUUCCAAUUGGAAGCAUUUGAUGUGUUUCGCUCGAUGCAAUUGGCCAAUGUGCCCCCAAAUUAUCCUUCAAUCAUCAGUGUACUUGCUGUUUGUGCUGGCCUAGCGGUUAUUCUCCAUGGCAAGCAGGUUCAUGCAAAAAUGAUUAGAACACAUUUUGACAGUGACGUGUUCACUGUUUCGGCUCUUAUCACAGUUUAUGUCAAGUGCGGUGACCUUGCCAAGGCUAAGAUAAUUUUUGAUAGUUUUGAAAAAAAGGACACUGGCGUGUGGAAUUCCAUGAUAGCAGGCUAUGCACAACAUGGACUGGGAGAGGAAACUCUACAAGUUUUCAAUGAUAUGUGCUUGAUGGGCAUGAUACCUGAUGAGAUUACCUACAUAGGCGUUCUUCAAGCUUGUAGUUAUUCUGGAAUGGUCAAAGAAGGGAGGGAGAUUUUCAAGUCCAUGAGUUUGAAUUCCUUGGUUAGACCUACGGCUGAGCAUUAUGCUUGUAUGGUAGACAUGCUUGGUCGAGCUGGCCAAGUUGAUGAAGCAAUGGAAUUGGUUAAUAAUAUGCAUGUUGAAGCUGAUGCUGUUGUAUGGGGGGCCCUACUAGGAGCUUGUAGGAUUCAUAAAAAUCUAGAAAUUGCCGAAAUUGCUGCGAAGAAGCUUUUGCAGCUUGAGGCUUGGAAUUCAGGCCCUUACAUUUUGUUGUCCAAUAUCUACGCUUCUAGUCGGAGGUGGGAGGACGUUGCUAAAUUAAGGAAGGCUAUGAGCUUAAGAAAUGUCAGCAAGUCUCCUGGUUGUAGUUGGCUUGAAGUCGACAAGAUUGUGCACAUGUUCACCGGUGGAGACUUAAUAGCUCAUCCUGAGAAGCAAAUUAUUAUUAGCUUGCUGGAGAGAUUGGAUAGCUUAUUGAUGGAGUCAGGCUACCACCCUGAUUUUAGCUAUGUUCUUCAUGAUGUUGAUGAGGAGCAAAAAAGACAUAGUUUACGUUAUCAUAGUGAAAGACAAGCAGUAGCGUUUGGCAUUUUGAAGGUUCCUAAGGGAAUGCCAAUUUAUAUCAUGAAGAAUUUGCGGAUUUGUGGUGAUUGUCACAUUGCAAUCAAAUUGAUAUCAAAAAUUAUGGAACGAGAGAUUGUCCUAAGAGAUUCUAACAGAUUUCAUCAUUUCAAGGAUGGCUCUUGUUCCUGCAGAGAUUACUGGAAUGUCCAAAGGCUAUUAGACGAGCAUCGGUCAUCCCUAGGUGUGCUAAAUAUUUGAGUACCACACUACACACGG